GGUGGAUCCUAUGCUACCAGACCUUGGGAUCUCCAUGUUGCUUAGAUGGCAACCAGAUAUCCUUCAUGCGUCGGUUGUUACGGAGAAAAGGAGAGCUGCAUUUUUCUGGGGUAUAAGUGCCUUCAACCUCCCGCGCUUGUCGAGUUAAGUUGACCUCUGUCAGUCACUGAGCAUUCAUCCCUCUGUCACUCGUUACCACUCAGCCCUUGCCUUGGUUCAUUCCGGCAUUAGAUACCCUACAUUCGUUUAUACCCCCCCGUCAUCAAUCAAAAUGAAGGCUACUUUCCUCGCCGCCAUGGUAGCCAUGGCCACCUCGGUCGCCGCGGCCCCUCUGGUCGACACCAGCGCCGCUGUCUCCGUCUCUGCUCCUCCGGUCGACGCUGCCGCUGGGGUAUCAUCCCGAGCCACCGGAAACGUUGUCCAAGACCUUGCCCCCGGAAUCAACCAGGUCCUCACCGUGACCGGCCCCAACGCCGAGAAGCUGCUGAUCGAGCUCUCCCCUUCGGUGGCUGGGCUGUUGUCUGGCCUCGGCCUUCCCAGCGUCGGCGUCCCUGUCGGCUCCGUCAUCGCCUCGGCCGCCACCGUGGGCGAGCUCGUCAAGGACCUCGGCAACAACGUCGAGGGCCUUCUCACCGUUGUUGGCGCUGAUGUUGGUGCUCUCCUUAUUCAACUCUCUCCCGAAGUCGCCGGCCUUGUGUCCGGGCUCGGUCUGCCGUCCGUUGGUGUGCCUGUUGGUACUGUUGUCGGCACCCUCGGUGCGAACCUGAAGCGCCGUGAGGUUGUCCAGGACCUGGCUCCACAGGUCCAGGAUAUUCUUGAGGUCACCGGCCCCGAUGCCAAGCGCCUCCUUAUCCAGCUCAGUCCCUCUGUCGCCGGUCUCCUUGCUGGCCUUGGCCUUCCUGGUGUCGGCGUCUCGGUUGGUCAGGUUGUUGCCACUGCUGGCAGCGUCGGUGACCUUCUCCAAAGCCUGGGCGCUCCUGUUGCUGGCACCUUGACAGUCGUUGGCCAGGAUGGCGGCCUCUUGCUCGUUCAGCUGGCUCCUAGCGUCGCUUCUCUCGUGGCUGGGCUCGGCCUCCCCGGCGUCGGUGUUUCUGUCGGCACUGUUGUCGCUACUUUGGGCGCGAACCUUUAAGCAGGUAUGAUAAACCACCAUGGGAAGUCAGCGGUCCGGUUUUCGAAUCUAGCGUGCUUUCAAGGCAUAUUCAUGUACUGUGUCUCCCGAUGCACUCGACAACAC